AAUCUCAUCUGCAAGAAGAUGAAUCCACUGUGGUUCUUCCUCUUCCUGGUGUCAGCUCCCAGAGGUGUCCUGUCCCAGGUGCAGCUGCAGGAGUCGGGACCCAGCCUGGUGAAGCCCUCACAGACCCUCUCCCUCACCUGCACUGUCUCUGGAUUCUCAUUAACCAGCUAUGGUGUAUCCUGGGUCCGGCAGGCUCCAGGAAAGGGGCUGGAGUGGGUUGGGGGGAUAAAUACUGGUGGAAGCGCAUAUUAUAAUCCAACUCUCAAGUCCCGGCUCAGCAUCACCAGGGACACCUCCAAGAGCCAAGUCUACUUAUCGCUGAGCAGCCUGACAACUGAGGACACAGCCGUGUAUUACUGUGCGAAAGACACAAUCCUCUCCUUAACCGCUCAGUCUCUGGAUUCUCCAUCACAAACAUUGCUGACUGCUGGGACUGGAUCCCUCAGCCCCCAGAGAAAGGGCUGGGGUGACUGGGGUGCUUUGGACAGAACACUCACCAUGGACUUUGGGCUGAGCUGGGUUGUCCUUGUGGCUAUUUUACAAGGUGUCCAGUGCGAGGUGCAGCUGGUGGAGUCUGGGGGAGGCUUGGUGCAGCCUGGGGGGUCUCUGCGACUUUCCUGUGCAGCCUCUGGAUUCACCUUCAGUAGCUAUGCCAUGAGCUGGGUCCGCCAGGCUCCAGGGAAGGGGCUGGAGUGGAUCUCAGCUAUUAGUAGUAGUGGUGGUAACACAAACUAUGCAGACUCUGUGAAGGGCCGAUUCACCAUCUCCAGAGACAACUCCAAGAACACGCUGUAUCUGCAAAUGAACAGCCUGAGAUCUGAGGACACGGCCGUGUACUACUGUGCGAGGUACACAGUGAGGGGAAGUCAGUGUGAGCCCAAACACAAACCUCCUUGCAGGGAGACAGGAGGGGGGAUGCAGGGGGCACUCAGGACAUACAACUGGGUGUUUCAGCCCCAGGAGCAGCCCCUCUUCCGCCUAUAA